AGAAAGGUAAUAUUAGAUCGAAGCCACGAAAAUUCAAUGAAAAGAAAAUCGUCAGACUGAAGAUCUUGGAGACAAAAGGUUGAAGAAGAGAAGGUUACCCGCGCUCGGUCCUGCCACGAAAGCCAACAACAUAAAGCGUUUCGUUUGCUGUGUUCGGUCGUCUUGAGCUGUCAAUGGCAGCCUGCCUCCACUGAGUGCGCUGCUGCUGCCGCAUCGGGUCUACGAACACAAACAUGAGCAUCCCGGACGCCCAAUGACGCAAGACGCUGAGGCUGAUCCUGAGUAAUGCUGCCCUCGGUUCAUCCUACACUCAGCACGGCCAUGCUGAUGCGUCUGCAGAAGAGCCUGCUUGUGCUGCUGGUCAUAACUCUGGUGGCCACCCCAGGCCGCGCGACGCAGUCAACACAUUUCAGGGCAACUCGUGUCCAUUUGAGUGACAAUGAAGCUCACAUCUCAACUCCAACUACUUUGUUUAGGGACGACGCGGUGCCCGUUGAUCCUAAAUCCCUUCACGUUGUCUCGAAAAUCAUUGGUCCUGGUGAGGGACCUGAAAUUGAGACCGAUGACCUCACCGGGUCAUCCGGAACAACGUUGCCUGAUAGCGACGAUUCGAAACCUCCGCGCACAGAUUUUUAUUCAACGACUUCUGUCAAUAAUGAUAUUAAACGUCAUGGCAUGCAAUCAACAGAUUUUCAACAACCAAUUCUCCCUCCUGAAUUAGAUAAUCAAUCAAGUUUUAAACAUGCCUCAGUCACUGGAGGAGACAACGGUGAUUUGGACACCGGCGAAAGCGCAAAAUUUGAAGUCUUGCGCUCCGUAAUGCGGUCCGGUUUUGGUCUUCAACCAAGAUCAUCAACUACAGAAAAACAUAAAAAUUUAAAGAAAAGAGAAUCAGGAAUAGAAAGGAUACCAUAUCCACCAUAUCCUAUACCUCAAUUUGCAAGGAGCAUGGAGGAAAUUCCAUCACUCGAAGCAAUUAAGCACCAUCCAAUCAUUGUUAGAACGAGGAAUUCUCCUAACAUGGCUUCAAGAACCAAGAGACCUCAAAGACAACCGUCAGUGCAUCAACCCCAGCCUUUUCUUGAGUAUUACCUCCCAAAAAAGACCACAGGUCCUGUAAGGUACAAACUACCGCAACAGCUUCCGUCAGCAUCUGCAUACACUUCGAGCGGCGUUACUCCUCAGGCUCACGGUACGCGUGUUCAGCCUAGGGCUUCAAACAACCCUCGUCGGCCCCCGCGACAUGGCACCAAAAUAAAACAAACUCCAACUGCAGCUUCAACACCCCCAAUAUUCUACCGAAGCAAAAAUCCUUCUGGAAUAAAACAUCCACUACAAACAAUUUCACUCCCGUCUCAGGAAUAUAUAAGCUCUGAGUACGCACCGAUGCAUCCUUUGAUGUUCCCUAGUUCGAAAAUUGAAACUCUUCCUAUGCCUUCAAAUCAGCAUAUUUAUCAGACAUCUUUAGAUUCGUAUCCACAAGUGUUAGCAAACUCGUACAUACCUGAAGUGAGCCUUCGUGAUAUUUAUAAAAGUACGACGAAGUUUCAACCACAAUUAGAAUUCAAUCCAAUGCCCAGGCCAAGACAAAAACCUGAGAUUCAAAGCAGUGCUCCGAAAUUUCAGGGGCUGCCCACCAAUUUCGAGAUGGGAUCUGUAUAUCCGACAGAAAUCUUGUUGCCUCCGGAACGUCCGACAGAAAGCUUGUUGCCUUCGAGACGUCCGACAGAAAGCGUGUUGCCUUUGAAACCUCAGAAACAAUCUACCGAGAAAAAAGAAGUGCCUACAGUGAUCAAUCAUAUUCAUAUCACAGAAAGCAAAAAGUCUGGCAUUAAUAGGGAAAUUACCAUCGGUGACCCUACCGUGAAAAUUAUAGAUGACAAUGAAUCAGAAUUGGUAAUAGGUGGGUCAACGAAGUCAAGAAAAUCGAACGGUAGUAGCGGAACAAUGAUCCGCAUUGUUUCUCCUAGAGGAGUAAAUCGACAAGAUACUAGAGAUUAUGAAGCAUCCAUUAACAAGGCUUCACCUGGAAGACAUACACAUUCGAAAUCAGAGGAAGAGAACUUAAGAUCACAUCCUUUAAUGGCUGGACAUCGAUUUACUCAAGCAUUAAAAAUCCCUGAUACCGAUCACAUACCAACUUUCUUCAUGAAGCCUCUCAGACACCGAGUGACAUUGCACGAGGACGUCGAAAUGUUAGAGAAAGAGCAUGAUAGCGAAAACUCGGGAGGAAGUUUCCUGUCUAAUAUAAUGAACUUUUUUGGACAAGGAAACACAAGAUCACAAGAGAAAAUUCGAUCGGAUAAAACAACACAGAAUAGAAGGAAACCGGUUUACAGGGACAGAUUUGAAGAACUGAUUAUGAAUCUUGACGACGAGUCCUUCGAUGCCUUUUUGACCGCCGUUAAAGUUAACAAAAUAUUCGACAAAUCUCUGCAGCGUCUGAAAAUGAAUCAAGGAUACCCGAAUUCGGCCAAGAUCUUCAACAGACGAUCAUACCAACUGCCAGAAGAGAACAGUGAGGAAUUGGCGGAUCGCAUGAUUGAGGAUUUUGUGUCAGUGCUGUUUCAGGAAUAUCCGACGAUCGCUCAUCAGAUUCAGCACGACAAGCCAUUCUUUUCUGCUUCAAAUGAGGUCGAAAAAAACCUUUUUGUCAUUCCCGAAGCAAGAGUGAAUGAUAUGACUACAUAUCGUGGAUUACAAAACUUUACCGAGAAUUUACACCAUUUUUCGAAUAAGUAUUCAGGAAGAACUAAACAAUGGGCGGAUUACCUCAGCCAUCUUCUCGCUGAACGAUAUCUGAAAUCGGUCAAAGUUUCGGAACCGGUGCGAGAAAAUUUAGAUAUCAUAGUGAAUGGAAUACAAAAUAAUCAAAUCGAUCGUAGCGAUGAUUGGUCCCAACUGAAAAUCCGAACAGAAGAUUUUAAGAGCAAAAGAGAAAAAAUUUUAGACGAAAGCAAGAAAAGGUAUCAAAAUCUCGACGCUGGGCUCGCUUCUGGAGAAGUGAGAGUCCAGCUUGGGUAUAAUGGAACCUCAGGAACUCCUCUGCAUCAAAUUUUGUCAGAAGUUCUGGACGAGUUUAUAGAUUUCGGUAAUAAAGACAAGGCCUCGCGGGAAAAUCAUGAAAACACCGAAAGCUCACCAGAAUUCGCACACUUAUUCACACCAUCUUUUAUUAAGACUCUUAACAGGCAUCUAGAGAACAAACUUAGACGAUCCGAUCAGUGCAAUGGGGCUGACUGCCCUCAAAAUACAAGAUACAAGAAUCCUGUUGAAUCAAAAGUGGAAAAAAAUUCUUCACGAGAAAAAAGUAUCGGCAGUAGAUUGUUGGACUACUUGAGAUGGUUCUCAACUGGCAAAACUGAUGAUAAGCGAUCCAAAACAGCUGACCGCGUAAAUUUUCAUCAUUUUGUGAAUUCUAAGAAGAGUGAUUUUCGAUCGAAAAAUGGAGAAGAGACAAAGGACGAUUUUAUGUUCGAAGAAAUAAAAGAGAAAUACUUCGGUGAAAGAUCAAAUGGAAACAAAUUUUUUCCCGAAGAGGACCGAAAGAAUUCUAGAGAAUCGUUUUCGAGUAAAUUUACCUCCAAGGAAGUGGAUGUAUUACUGGAUUACCUAAUUCAAUCAAAUCUUCAUACACGAUCCAAUCACAUAGGACCUUAUCAAUAUUUUUCUACUCCUGGCUUUAACCAACAAAUGCCUUUAGGAUUGCCAAAUAAAGGACUUAGCCAAAGUACUGGUGGCGUGAAGGCGUUUAACCUUGCCGGUGAUGGAGGAUUAACUGCCUCUGCAGGUUAUGGAGGAUCAAUUAACCUUGCAGGUCAUAGAGGAUCAUCUAACCUUGCAGGUCACGGAGGAUCGACCACUCUUGUAGGUCACGGAGGAUCAACCACUCUUGCAGGUCACGGAGGAUCGACCACUCUUGCAGGUCAUAGAGGAUCAUCUAACCCUGCAGGUCACGGAGGAUCAACCUCCCCUGCAGCUAAUGGAGGAUCUGCUAACCUUGCAGGUAUUGGAGGAGUACUUGGCAGUCUUAUUGGUCGGUAUUUUGGAGGCGUUGAAAGUCCAACACAAAAAGGUCUUGGAGGAAUAGCAGGUGCCGCUGCUCCUGUAAUCACAGGUUAUGGUCUAGGCAAUAUGGCUGAAGCUUCACCGUUAAAUGGAAUUGAUUUUAACCUACACGGAGCUGGAAGAAAGCCGUCGGAAAAUGGUUUACGCCAAUCUGAUGUUAGAGGAGCUAUGAAUCUAGGUUUUAGUAGGGGUAUUACCCCGCAGUUGCAUAACUCACCGGCUCCUCUUGGGUUACAUCCGAGUAUGGUUCACAGUAUGACUCAUGAUGGGCUUCAAACUGACAUCAGACCGGUCAGUAAGUUUGGAUCUCGGUUGAAAAAUGGAAGACCAAAUACCGGUGCUGGAGGUCACCAUAAUCAGGGAUUCAAUUUUCGGAAUUCUAACAAGCGCAACAUGGGGAAAAAUUUUAAUAGGUUCAGUGCAUCUCGACCGCCGGGAUUCAAUUCCCACAAUUACGAUUACGAAGACCCCGACGACUAUGAUUAUGAAUUUAAAAUGUACAGCCAAAUUUAUUCACCAAAUGGAAAAAUAACAUCACCUCAUAGUACAGCGACUUUCUCUGACCACAAUGAUUACGACCAUCAUAAUUACAGAGCUACUUCGAAUAACAUGAGGAAUCAUAGAAAGAAAAAGCGGCGUUUUAGGGCGAAACAGAGGUUGGAAGAAUAUUACGAUGACUAUUCAGAAGAAACACAUGUUUUGAAGUCAUCAGACUCGAACGGUUCUUCGCGAGAUUCUCCUGAUGAACGAGAUUACAGUUCUGAGGCAAACAGUUCAGAUAGGACAAGACCCCGCAGACAUCGAGAAAAUAAGGGUUCCAACCGUCAGCCAUCGAGGCAAGAACUUCCCUCAAACUCUCGUGCCAAGAAAGAAGAAGAGAAAUUGGACACUUCACAUAAAAACGAGGAGCUUGCUAGAAACGGCAACAGUGGUACUGGAGAUCGGACUGAGGAUGCCGACGGUAAAGUGAUCAUCAAUAUCGGUUACCCGUUACCAUCCUCAGCCGAGUCAAGCACGGCCACCGUCUCCGACAAAGCAGACACUAACAAGGAGGAUCCUUCAAGCUCAAAGGGUUUCUUCAAAACCCUGAAGAACUUAUUCACUUCUUACUCGGAUCUCAUUCAAGGACCAGCGAAAGGAACUUUCGCUAUGUUCUCAAAUUCUGACAACCAAGUGGACCCCGCCAGUGCAAAAAUCGCAUACAGCCACCGAGACCCGAGCUCAAAUGUUCAUACUAUCAUCACGACCUCAAAAUUUGAAGAUGAUGCCGAGCUGGAACCACCUCGGAUAACAUCACACCCACGAAUACCCUUCACAAAUUCAAUAAAUAAUCGACACCGCGUAAAUAUCUUUCCAAGGCAUCAACGCAAUCGUUCGUUUUUUGACAAUGCCCAUUCGGGAUCAACUGCUGUCCACCAGCACUUGCCUCAACAGAAUAUUUUGGAGGAAAAGAAAAAAAAUGCCACGGAUAUCACAUUUGAGCAGGUAUCGUACACCGAAACUGUUUUUGGCUCCUCAUCGGAAACAUUUCGGACCCCAUCUCCACUUCACGAAUUAGAUCUAGACCCUCUGAAUCCUGUCAAAUACGGGCCGCCCAAAACAGCUGAACCAACUGUGCCUAAGGUAUUGACGCAACCUGGAACAAUAUACUUCAAUGGACAACCCAUGGUGAGGUACGAUGAGAGUGCCGAGAAUAAUGAUGCCCGAGCGAAGCGACUUAAUUCUCCAACGCAGUAACCAUAAUUACGAGUCAAUUUGUGAGUUAUGGGUGACUAUAUCACUGCAACCAUCCCUCCACAACAGAGAGGAAUGUUAUCAGAGUCCGCACAGAAACUUACCAGUAAACAGGAGUCUGAAUAAUUGAAGAAAAGGUUGCAAUUUCGGAUGUUGGAGCAAAGAGCAUUUGACGUUUAUUUCAAAUCUUUGAUGCGCUAUAAUUGACAUUAGUUGAAUAUAAGGAAAAUGGCAUGCCAUCUUAUGCGAAGAUAAUUUCAUACGAUAGUAUGUGAAAAUAAUUGCAUGCGAUCUUAUGCUAAGAUUACAUAUGCGACCUAUAGGCGACAAUAAUUGCAUGCGAUCUUAUGCUAAGAUAAUUGCAUGCGAUCGUAGGCGAAAAUAAUUUCAUGCGAUCUUAUGCUAAGAUAAUUACAUGCGAUCGUAGGCGAAAAUAAUUGCAUGCGAUCGUUACCCAUCCACUUGUCAUUUAUCAAAGACAUAUUAAGCAAAAGAGAGGUUAAUAUAGAAAAAAACCAGUACGCAAUAUACAAAGGCAUUCUUUGGAUUUAUUUUUAUGGGUGCGAUUAGUUUAGUACAAUAAUUUUAUUUAAAU